AGAAAACUACGUACUGCUACAGGAGCUGACGAUUCGCCGAGCCCGGCCUUCUCGAUCGGCUUCAAGAAGCCAAGAAGAAGAGCAACUGCGCGAGCACUCCACUCCAAGCUCUCGCCGCGCACUCGCCCUGCGGUGGCGCACCUCACCGCCUGCGCGCCAUGGCGCGGCCGCGCGUGCUGCUCCUGUGCAGCCCGUGCAUGGGCCACCUCAUCCCCUUCGUGGAGCUCGCGCGCCGCCUCGCGACCGACCACGGCCUCGCCGCCACGCUCCUCUUCGCCUCGGCCACGUCCCCGCCCUCGGACCAGUACCUCGCCGUGGCCGCCGCCGCCCCCGACGCCGUCGACCUCGUCGCGCUGCCCGCGCCGCCGCCGGAGGACGCGCUCCCGCCCUCCGCGCGCGAGCGCGCCGAGCACGCCGUCGCCUCCAACGUCCCGCGCAUCCGGGAGCUGGCGCGCGCGCUGGCCGCCGACGCGGACGCGCCCCUCGCCGCGCUCGUGGUGGACAUGAUCGGCGUGCGGGCGCGCGGCGUCGCGGCGGAGAUGGGCGUGCCGCUCUACAUGUUCUUCACCUCGCCGUGGACGACGCUGUCCCUGCUGCUCCACCUCCCCGGGAUCGACGCCGCGCGCGCCGGGGAGCACCGCGACGCCGCCGAGCCGAUCCGUCUUCCUGGCUGCGUGCCCAUCCACGCUCACGAGCUGCCGGCCUCCAUGCUCGCCGACCGGAGCAGCAGCAUGUACGCCGGAUUUGUGUCCAUGGCCAAGGCUAUGAAACAAGUCGACGGCAUUCUUGUCAACACCUCCCGCGAGAUCGAGCCCGCGGCGGGCGACGGCAUGGACGGUCUGGAGCUACCGGUCCACCCGGUCGGACCACUGGUCUGGACCAGACCGGUCGGCGACCACGGGUGCAUCAGAUGGCUAGACCAGCAGCCACGUGGAUCCGUGGUCUACGUGUCAUUUGGCAGCGGUGGCACGCUUACAUGGCAGCAGACGGCUGAGCUGGCGCUUGGGCUGGAGCUCAGCCAGUGUAGAUUCAUUUGGGCUGUCAAGAGACCACAUCAAAGUUUGGCGAAUGGAGCAUUCUUCGGGACUCAGAACGGUAAGGAGGACACUUCAUUGGAUUUCUUGCCCGAGGGAUUCAUGGAGAUGACUAGAGGGUUGGGGUUAGUGACGAACUCUUGGGCCCCACAAACAGCUAUACUAGGGCAUCCGUCGGUCGGGUGCUUCGUGACGCACUGCGGGUGGAACUCGAUAUUGGAGAGUGUUAUCAAUGGUGUGCCCAUGGUAGCGUGGCCACUGUACGCUGAGCAAAAUACGAAUGCUGCGAUGAUGGAGGUCCAGGUAGGGGUGGCGGUCCGAGCCAAGAUCGGUGUCGAUCGAUUCAUAAGCAAAGAAGAGGUUGCGAGUGCAAUUCGACGUGCGAUGGUGGGGGAGGAAGCUAAAAGGAUGAGAAAGCGAGCGAGUGAACUUAGAGACAAAUCGGUGCAUGAUUUGAGCAAGGAUGGUGGUUCAACUCGUGCUUUGGCGCAGAUUGCAGAUGUGUGGAAAUGCUCUAGUAGUAGGAAAUGAUGAAAAUUGGAUCAUUAUUUGGCAUUCCUGUUAUCGGUGGUGAUGUUCUUUUUUGUUUUUUUUUGGUCUGGAUGAUGUAUCUCAUUGAAAUCAAGCUACCGGAUAUUUCAGACAACGCUGCAAAAGAUGAGUAGUCUUUUUUCUUA